UCUCGCCAGCCGCCCCCGUCUCGUUAGGUUUCCCCUGCCUGUGAGAAAAAAAACUCGAUAAUCCGUCUCGCUCCGCCGCCGCCAUUCCCCGUCUCGCUCCGCCGCUGGAGCCACCACCCUCCUCCUCCUCGACCGUCUCUGUGUCGAAUCGGGCCGAACUGCUCCCCGCCGCUGCCGGCGGCCCUUAGAGGAUCUCGUCCUCGUCCGGCCAGCAGACGGCGAUGGCAGCGAGGGCCCUCGGGCUCGCCGGCCGAGCACUCCUGCGACCGCUCGCCUCACCAGGCGCCCAGCGCCUGCUGUCAACUGACAAGGGCCCACUGCAGGGCCUCACUGAUGCCGGUGAUCCGAUGAGCCGCCUCGUCAUGCAAGCACGGAACCAGACUGGUGGUGGGUUUUCCCGUCAAUUCGCUGAGAACGGAUUCACAGCAGGUGGUGGCAGGAUGGGUGAAAAUGGAUUUACAGCCGGUGAUGCCAGGAUGGGUGGAAACGGAUUCACAGCCGGUGAUGGCAGGAUGGGUGGAAAUGGAUUCACAGCCGGUGGUGGCAGGAUGGGUGGAAACGGAUUCACAGCCGGUGGUGGCAGGAUGGGUGGAAACGGAUUCACAGCUGGUGGCAGGUCAGGUCGGUUUAACAUGGAAAUGCUGCGGCCAGAAGGGGUUCCGCGAGUAAAGAGGGACGUUCUCCACGUGACGCUCAAGGGGAAGAAGACCUUUGUGACUGUGACAGAUGUCAAGGGGAACAGGAAGGCUGGGGCUUCGGCUGGCUGUUUGGAGGAUCGAAAGGGACGGUCUCGUCUUGCUCGGUAUGCUGGUGAAGCAACAGGGGAACACAUGGGGCGAGUUGCAAACAAGAUUGGCCUCAAGUCGGUGGUUGUCAAGGUGAAGGGAUACUCCUUUUUCAGGAAGAAGAAGAAGGUGAUCAUGGGCUUUGCGGAUGGUUUCCGGGGCGAGAGAGUGAGGACCCCAUCUCCUAUCAUGUAUGUCCACGACGUGACCCAGCUCGCGCAUAAUGGAUGCCGGCUGCCCAAAAAGGUGAGGAAGUAAGACUGAUAAUAGCCCCCAGCAGGAAGUGUGGAGAUCAGUAUCCGGCCUCCCAGGGAGAAGCAAAGAGCGAUAUGUAUGUAUCGACUGGUUUGGUAAUAAUAUUAUAAGCCUGGAAGUAUUUAUGAAUGCUUAUUAGACAGUCUUAGAUCGGCUUUUGUAAGCCAAAACCAUCCUGUCAUUUCCUGUAAUGUUGCUGAGGUGAUGGAUUUGUUUUCAUAGAACAUGGUUGCAUUGCAUGCAGUUCCCUCUCCUUUUGUGGAUUCCUAUAUAAUGACAGCACUGCGAGUGUAUGUGCUGAGAUGCUACUAAUUUCUUGAUUUGCAAGAACUGAAAAAGUAUGAAGUUGCAAGUAA